GGCAUAAGAGGAUCAGGGGCUGCGAUCCGACACUGCGAUGACGUUAAGGGCUGGAUGGAACCGGAUCUGUUCAACUGCACCUCUCCGGCAUUUAUGGAACUGUCUACACUGCUGGAGAGCUUAGAGAGGAAUGAGACUGAGCUUAACACCAUUGAGGCCAAGAAGCUGUCGCUGCGUCUUCGCUCCGUGACCGACAACAUGGAGCAGUACUUUGGAAACGAUGUUCACAUUACGUAUCGCCUGCUGUCACACCUCAUGCAGUUUGAGAACAGACAAGAAGGAUUCGGACUAACUGCUACUCAAGAUGCGCAGUUCACUGAGAAUCUACUCAGAGCAGGGAGCUCCGUCCUCAUGCUUUCUAACAGGGAGCACUGGGAAACCCUACUGCACACCGAGAGAGGCAGCGCUGGGCUCAUGGAGCUGUUUCGAGAGUACACUGGCACUCUGGCCCGCAACAUGAAACUCACCUACCUGAACCCUGUUGGACUGGUGACUCCAAAUAUUGUUGUAAAUAUUGAACGCGUGGACAACCAGAUCCCUCCCAGAAGGCACUUCCCCAGAUAUCACAGCAGUCUGUUCCGGGGACAGACGUCGUGGGAUCCCCAUACUCAUGUGGUGCUGCCUGCUUCUGUCCUAAAGCCACCUAAAGUGGAAGCACCCCCUACGGUUCUACCAACUCCAACCAAUUCUGAAAAUAACUUGACGACUGCUGUUCCCCCGCCAAAGAGAGCGAUCCCUGAUCCAGAGCCUGCCGCUACCAUCCUUGUCCUGCUAGUCUACCGAACGCUCGGGGACCUGCUUCCAGCCAAAUGCAGCACCGACAAGAGGAACCUCAGGCUUCCCAAGAAUCCAGUGAUGAAUUCACCCAUUGUAAGUGUGGCCAUACUCAGAGACCAGACCUUUAUCUACGGGGACUUGGAAGCA